CAAUCAAAAUGGAAGCGCUUACACGGAAGUAGCGCGUCGGUCUUCAACUCGAAGCUAUUUUUCUGAAAAAUAUCGAUUUUAAUCGCACUUUAAAUUGAAAUACAUCGGUUAGAAUAUUCCGUGAGAGCUAACGUUUUUAAAUUAUUGCGUAGCUCGGUGAAAAGUGAGAAAACAGCUCGGUUACAUUGAUGUAAACGUAGUUUAUGCGGUUUAGCUUCCUUCGUAACGCCAAAAGCUGUAUUUUUGUUCAAAUUAAUUGUCACUUAUCAUUUUCAUCGUUAUCACUUUGUUACUUAAACUUAGAAUGCCCCGGAGAGGCGUCGGUGCUGGUGCCAUCGCUAAAAAGAAGCUAACAGAGGCCAAAUAUAAAGAGAGAGGAACUCUUCUUGCUGAAGAUCAGAUAGUUCAGAUGUCCAAGCAGUUGGACACCUUCAAGUCCAAUUUGGAGGAGUUUGCCAGCAAACACAAACAGGAAAUCCGUAAAAGCUCCCACUUCAGGGUACAGUUUCAGGAGAUGUGUGCCACCAUUGGAGUUGACCCACUUGCUUCUGGCAAAGGUUUUUGGUCAGAGAUGCUGGGCGUGGGUGAUUUCUACUAUGAGCUUGGUGUGCAGAUUAUCGAGGUUUGCUUGGCUCUCAAACACAGAAAUGGAGGACUCAUCACUUUGGAUGAACUCCAUCAUAGGGUGCUGAAGGGACGUGGUAAAUAUGCUCAAGAUGUCAGCCAGGAUGACUUGGUGCGCGCGAUCAAGAAACUCAAAGUCAUGGGCAAUGGUUUUGGAAUGAUUCCAGUGGGCGGCUCCUAUUUGGUUCAGUCUGUCCCAGCAGAGCUUAACAUGGACCACACGGUGGUCCUGCAGCUUGCGGAGAAGAAGGGCUACGUAACAGUGAGCGAAAUAAAGGACAGUCUCAAGUGGGAAAAGGAAAGAGCAAGUCACGUCCUGGACCACCUGCUGAAAGAGGGCCUGGCAUGGCUGGACUCUCAGGCGUCAGGCGAGCCGCAGUACUGGCUUCCCGCCCUCUUCUCCGAGCUCACGUCCCGGGACGUCACACCUGAGGAGGCCAAUCAGAUGAGCCCGUGACCUGAACUUGGACGGGGAGACCUUAGUCCAGAUUGUGCCAUCGCCAGGUGGCGUGUUUUGGUUUAAGGACAAUUGUGACUGAACAAAACAUGUCUGUUUCAGACAUAUCUGCUAGUAGUGAAAAUAUGCAAUCAAGUGCGAACACCCAAAAUAUGUUAUAUGGUCUAGAAAGAGACCAGAUACAAAAAAAAUAUUUGGUCUCUGUCUUAUUUAAACACUCAAUAUUUAAACCAACCAUGUGACUUUGACUAAUAAAAGAUGGCUAGUUUAUUGCAAACAUUGUGAAACACCAUAAGUGGCCUACCAGAAGCAUUAAUGUUAUAAUUGUAAAACUUCCACAAACAUUUACUUAGCACAUGAAAUGGAAUACACAGUCACAGGCAUACAUUCUCUCCUCAACUGGAACAAUAGCUAAUAAUGGCGUUUAGCUGGAAACCUUUGCCUCUUCUUGCACAUAUUACUGCGUCUCUCUGCUUGUAUACUGUAAAACCACAUUUUCAACAAAAAAGCUUAAUCACACUCCAAUAGUGGAACACUUUAUUGUCUUUAUAUAAAUGUCAACUUCAUUAAGAACAGUUGAGCCUUUUUUCUUAAUUCCAAAAUUUUGACAUGAUACCUUGUAUCAAUAAAACUAAGACU